GUUGCCUCCCUCUUCUUCCUCGGCUUCUCUUUUCCUCUGUCGUAAAGCUCGCACGCACACUCUCCUUGGUUCUCUCUCUCCCUCUCUCCCUCUCGUGACUCGAUUUCGGAGGCAGGUGGGGCCCUAGUCACAAAGCUUUGCAGUUCGAUCUUGCGAGGCCUUUUCGGUCAAUUCUCUUUUCUAUUGUUUCCUCUCGAUUUCUUUCUUUCAGUUUUUUUUUUAUUUGCUUGGAUCGUACUUCCAUAAAUACGAGGGACGGGGAGGCUUACCUUGCCUCGGUUCGCUCAAUCGUCGUCGACGGAAGGAGGCUGCGAGAUGUUCAUUUCGAUGCGAUUUUGUUUUUGAUAUUCUUGUCUCCUUGCGGUUUAAUAGAACGGAGAGGGAAAACUAGGAAAUAUGUUUAGAAACACGAGGAAUCGACGUGCGUUAAUGCUCUAGUUGACACCAGUACAACACUUUUCACAACAACGUCAAAGCAUGUCAUUAUAGACAAUAUUCGACAUGCAUCAUUCCAUCGGCUCACAUGCAACGAACUUGCCACACACAGGCCAAGAAUUUCCAUCGGCAGAAAGAAGCAAACAUGAUUUCUUAAGCAUGAUAGAGUUUAGCAGGCAGGUGUGGAUGGGUACCAUGUCUUGUUGAGGUUUCCAUUCGGAGGUUUUGAAGCCUUUUGGGUACCUCAAUCCCGUAGGCAAUGAAUGAGCCAAAUUUUAUUUCAUUAUAUUAUAACCGGGUUAGAGAUAAUUCCUCGGGCCAGACAUAUAUUUGGACGGUGCGUACGGCUGUGAGACCGCACUCCGCAGUCUCAAGGAUCUGAACACUGACCACACUGCAAGCUCCAGGAUCAGCGCGAGUAUGACCAUAAUGCCGUCUCCAAGAUUAAACCGGACGAAUCUACUAAGUCGAGUAAGAUGAGGAGGUUCAACGCCCAAUGCUACUGCGGUAGAGAAUUGUGAGAUGCAGAGCUCUUUCCCUGUGGACGCAAUAUUGGUAAGACUACGAGCAGCAGCGGGCGUAUGUGAGAAUAUGCGUAUGAGACAAUACGAAGCCUGUCAAUCAGCACCAUUGCGUACGGUCAGUCCAGAAGAUCAACCUUGGAAAGUAACUGAAGUGACAAGAGAGCUUGGAUAAAUCAGAGGCCGAUUUUGGAUGAUGGAUGCAAGCCAGUACAGGUUCAUGUCCAUGUCGACUUGCGAACUAACGUCCGUGGCGGGCACAUUUUGCAGGAAUCAAAGGAGACUGAGAUCUGCUGGCAGUUGACAGUUGAAAAAGUUAAUGAAAAGCAAAGUAAUGGCAACGGACGGGGAGAGGAGGGGAGGAGAGGGAGGGGGGAGGCUAGUGACGAGAGUGAGGGCGAGAGGGAGGGCAGGCCAGUCCAGUGGAGUGGCAACCCCACCCCACCCCACUCCACUCCAGCCCACAUCAAUCAAUCAAUCAAUCAAAUGAGAGAGAGAGAGAGAGAGAGCGAGCGCGCAAGUCAGUCAUGUCAUGCCGUGUGCGACGGGCAGCUGAAUUCCAGGAGCACAAAGAUCCAGAUCUCUAAAAUAGAACAAUGCCACUGAGCCUUGUCUCCUAGUUCUUCGGCCUGCUCAAAGAGCCAACUGUAGUGUGCGUUAAUCUAUGCUCACCCCUUCCAAGGGCAUUCCCAGAUCUCUCGAUCCUGACUGCAGAGGCCCGGAGGUCUCUUACUAAGCCGGACACUAACUACGAGAGAGGAGAAGAGAAGGGAAGGAAGGGGAAACAGUCGAGGAAAUUCUCGAGGCCGCCAACUCAGAACCGUACGCGACAGUUUCGCGUCCUACGCCUCGGCUCGUUGCAUCCUAUCGAGCCAUUUUCCGAGAAGGCUUCUUCUUCUUGUCCUCUCACCUUUCUUUCAGUCAGUUGUGUCCAGUCCAGCGAAAGAUUCAAAGACCAGGUGGAAUCAAUGCAGCACUGAUCUGAGCACAGCAAUUACUUUUUGUUGUUGUUGUCGCUGUUGUCGCUGUCGACGCCUUCGUGAUGCUGAGGAGGAGUUAUCAUUUCCGACUUUGACGAUUUCCAUUUUGGACAUAGCAUCUGCUUCGACGAUUUCGAUAGGAGUGACUGCGUGCAGGCUUGGGACGAGGAUCUUCAGUUGCUGAACGGAAGGGCAGCGUACACGUUCACAGGGAGGAGGCACAUCAGUCAAAUUCUGCUUGUGCACAUUGCUCUGAUUGCAAGAGCCGACUUGUAUAUAUCAAGGUUUGGAACGAUGCGGCUUCCAUCGCUGUCGACGGGGUUUCUCGUAUUCCUCCUCGCGAGCAUCGCUUUCACCGGAGGUGAAGCCAGGCUCGGGCCCCGGAGCAGCGGCGAAGAUGGAACGGCCAUGAGUAUGUGGCGGCAGCAUCAGCGGAGACGGAUGCUAGAGGACCAAGGAGUGAGCACCGAGGAGCAAAAGAAGCAGGAUGAAAAACCCGAUGCCGAGGUCACGAACAGUAAUAACAACAAUAACAAUAACAACAACAACAAUGACGGCGGAGGCCCCGUGGAGCAGAAGAAGGACGAGCCGAAGCCCGAGGUGGUGGUGGCUGCGGUGGACGAUCAGAAGAAGGCCGAGGUCGUCGAGCCCAAGGCAGAGGACAAAAAAGACGAAGAGAAGAACACGGCCGUCCCCCCCGAGCGCAAGCCGGAGGACGGCGGCCUGUCGUCCGGGGCUGUCAAGGGCGACGACGAGCGCAAAGAGGAGGCCUCCAAGCGCGAGGAGCAGCUGCUCAAAGAGGCUCUGGUUCUCGAGCGCGAGGAGAAUCGCGUCCAACAGGAGAAGACGGACCAGGCAACCGCCGAUGGCCAACAACAACAACAACAGCACCAACAACAGCAGCAGCAGAAUUCCGUCGAUCCGGUGGCCAAACCUUCUCCCGCUCCGCAGUCCCCGAGCCCCCCAUCCGACGACCGAUCGCAGCAGCCGCAGGUCGAUUCGAAGGCCGAGGUGAAAGCAGAGGUGAAGGUCGAGGCGCAGGAAGAGAAGAAGGAGAUCGAGAAAUCUGAGCCCCGCGUGCCCGCGCAGGAGGUCGAGGAGGCGUCGAAGCCGUCGGAGCAGAAGACAGCGGAGCACGAGCCCCAGGAGGAGGAGGAGAAGAAGAAGAUCGAGCCCGAGCCGGAAGUGGCGAAGGUGGACGAGGAGAAUUCGUCGUCGCAGGAGCAGGAGCAGGAGCGGAAGGACGGAGAAGGAGGCAAAUCGGAGGAGGAUGCGGCCGAGGCGAUGGUGGACUCAGCCGACCCGGACGACGACUACCCGGACUUCCUGGACGAGUUUCUGCGGUUCCCGGAGCGGCUGCAGGAGUCGGCCGAGCAUUUGAAAACGAACGUCCGGCCGGACUGGGACCGCCUGUCGACCAACGGCAAGGACCUGUUCAACCAGGCGAACGAGCAGAUCAAGGAGAGCUUCACGCCGCUGAUCGGCCGCGACUACGCGCCCGUUGUGGCCUACCUGGUGUCGUACGGGCUCUUGCUGCUGCCGUUGGGCCUGGUCAUGUUCCUGUUCGAGCGCGUGCGCGCCAUCUUCUCGCUGCAGAAGGUGCUGCUCUUCAUCAACAUCUACGUCGCGGCCUACUUCGCGGCGCUGGUGGCCGCCGCCUUCGUGCUCGGCAGCGAGCCCAUGGAUUUCUUCCGCAAUUUCUCGCCCUCGAGCUACAUCUUCCUGCAGCUGCUGCAGGCCUUCGGCUACAUCAUGUUCAUCAUCCUGCAGACCUUCGAUCUGAUCACCACCUGCUCGUCGGGCCGCAUCGCCGCCAAGCUCUCGGCCGCGCUGCAGUGGGUGGUUGUGGUGGCCGUGGGCUUCCACUACUAUGUCACCGUGUUCCACCGCGCCAUGGCCAAGGCCAAGCCUCUGACCAGCUGGAAGAUCUACGGGCUCUACAGCGCCUCGUUCACCAUUCUGUGCGCCUUCGCGCGCAUCGAGCGCGGCAAGAAGCAGUACAUCAUCCAGGAGAGCGGCCAGGAGACCACCAAGCAGAACUGAUCCCCGCCCCCGGCUCGUGCUCGCAUUCUCCACUUCUCAAUUUCUCCCUCUCCUCCUCCUCCUCCUCCUCCCCCACUCGUUCCCUCGAGCUGCUUGGCAAGAAUUGUCAGUCCGAUGGCGGUGAGAUCCUGGAGGAAGAUGAUGGUGAUGAUGAUCUUCUCAAAUUUCGGGUCCUCCCUCGGCUGCACGCGAGAAUGCUGUUUCCCUGCUCUCGACAUUCUUCGCGAGGUUGACUGAAUGACUCCGUUUCCACCCAUUUAUCGUCCAUCAUCCGUCUUCAAGCUGCAGGAGGCUGGCUGACGGGCAGAAGUUAGUACUCCAGACUCGGAGAUGAAGGACUGACUGGUGUCCACGACCGUAGGCUUCUUGUACGUGGUGGAAUCGGGGAGCCAACCCUGUUCCGCUCUCUCUGUAAGUAGAGUAGACUCUGUUCCAGCCGUGGCACCGGAGAGAAUGAAUUGUGCGGCGCAUUUGUACAAGUAAUAUGGCCCAUUGCAAGACCGAAGGCUUCUUCUCACGGGUACAAGGAGAACCUCUGAAUUACUCCCAGCAAGCAAAGCAAACGAACGAAACGAACUGAUUUGCAGCAGCAGCAGCAGGUGACCGUGAUGGCUGCGGUGACCCUACCUUACUCCCUUUGGUGGAGUCAUCGGUCUGCACGGCAAGCAAGUGAGAGUAGCUCAGAGUGUAUGAGUUUUUGAUCUGGUUGACCGAUUAGUCGAUUGGAACAACUCCGGAUUAGCUAGCUAGCCAGCACAAACACCAUUUGUAAGCAUCGAUCACUUGAAUAAUUCAUUGAUGUGAUAAUUCUUUUAUCUUCUACCGAACGGGGUCGCGGAGGUCCCUGUUUGGCUUCUCCAUCUGCUUCCUCGUCGGAAAGUCACCGGUGGCUGACAUUUGGGGUCAACCGAUGAAUGAAUGGACUUGCAUCGGGGGUCGGGUUUUGCCUGAAAGAGCUCUGCCGUGUCGCUCUGGAUUCUAGAUGCAGCCAUGAAUUACUCUGUCGCCUCACAGUCCGGGGAUGUACACCCUUCGAUCCCCCUCACAGGGCUCAAGUUGCUCGGUCUCGAGGGUGUCAAAUUUCCAAUCCUUGCAGCAUGAGUGGUAGCGUUUACGAAACACUGUCAACCAUGAGGCACCAAGACCUUCCUGCAAGAUUAUUUGGGCAGAACGGAAGAUCGGACCGAGGACGGCCAAACGGGACCGUCGAAACCACGAUCGCAGUCCUAGCCAACCGAAACGCAGGAAAGCUCUUGGAACUUUUGAGAGACAAGGAAAGCGCAGACCUCCAUAAACAGAACGAACCGAACUCUAUGAGAAUGCGCCAUGGCCCUUCUCAGACCGAGAAAAUGCUCUGCUCGGACCAUCCAUCCCAUUCACGCAUGUCCUUCUUCCUUCUGGAUUGGGCUCUGUCCUCUCUUUUCGCGGCCGUCUUCAUGAUGCAC